AUGCGUGCUGGAGGUGAGGUCCUCUGCAUCUCCGCAUUCGGUAAUCGGCAGCCGGCAUCGGGAGGUUCGGGGCAGAUGUCACCGUUGCGAUUCUUGAACCGUCCCGAUCGUGCGCGAGCGAUUCCGCAACAAGUCUGGCUUGGUCGAGGAGUCGGCAAAGCGAGAGUUUGGGUCUGCGGUGUCUGUUCCUCUGAGAUGCGCGCGUCAAGCUCUCUUGCUGCGGCCUUUGCAUGCCUGGCUCAGAUCGGGAUUGCCGAAGCAGCUUUGUCUUUCACCCAAUGGCCCUCGGUCAUUCGUGCUGGCCAGCCUACCACUCUGAAUUGGCAGACGGACUCGGAUGCUCCCGUGACCGUCACACUGCGGAAGGGCAAUUCUCAGAACCUGGACACCGUCCAGACCCUGGCAAGCAACGCCCAGGGAGGCUCCUUCACCUGGAUUCCGGACUCCACGAUAGAGAACGGCGACGACUAUGCCUUCCAGAUCCAGCAGAACGGCUAUGUGAACUACUCGGGGCUUUUACAGGUCACCGGUGGGGUUCCAGCAAGCCCAGCGACCAAGGCCGCGUCUACCCCAGUCCUCAAACCCAGCCCAACGGUGCUGGUAGCCUCAGUGAUCCCUCCAGCUCCUAGCCCUGCCACUCCAAUUGCAACUGCAUACCCUACCGACACAGCCCCUCACGAUGAGAUGCAGACAGUCCAGAAGGGCAAUGAUGGCCAGACUUUCACCGUCAAUGCCGCCAACGACCCCAGUGCGAACGCAGCCGGGGCCGCCAACAGCAAGACUGCUAUGGCUGCCUAUAUGCAGAGUGGUGCUGCCUCUGUUCGCGCGACGGGGAUGGGUUUCAUGUUGGGUGCUCUUGCCAUGGUGGCUUACCUCGUCUAGUAGACUUGGACGAACUUCCCGGUAAUGCUUGGCAAACAUUGAACUUGGUCUUACUUGGUUGUCAGAACUUGGUUCGUGCGUGUCUAGGUUUAUCGUUCUUCUUCAGAUCAACUCGCAUGAGACCGAG